UUGACAUGUUUGUUUUCAUGUUGUGUUGCAUUGUACUGUUGCAAAUUUACACAUAAGGUAAAAAUUGAUGUAAGUAAGGAGAAGUUUUUAGUUGAAGGAAAAACUGCCACAACAGCGUCAAAAACUAUAACAACAAUAUAAUCACACCAAUCAUUGAAUAUUUGUACAAUGAUGCAGUAGUGAAACCGUAGCUUAUCAACAAAAGUCUUGUGGCCUCUCGUUUGUUUACGAAGUGAUAAGUACUGAGGCAGUGAUAAAGAAGAAAAAAACAUAAUGUACAACGGCGUGGGUUUGCAGACUCCUCGGGGCUCGGGUACCAGUGGACACGUACAGCGUAACUGCGCUGCGCUCUACAAGAAGGAGAAACCCAAGCACCAAAACUCUGAUGACAGCAAACUUGAGAUUAAUCGCCAGCCUAAUCAGGAAAUACUUGAGCACAACAGGAAGCGAGAAAUCGAGGUCAAGUGCCUGAUGUACCAGGACACUCUUGAGGAACAGGGUUACGAAAACGAGGAAGAGAUCGAGUCCAAGGUGAACUCCUACCGGCAGAUUCUGCUUGAAACCUACGAAAAAUCGCGUGGUCAGCAGCAGCAGCCAGAGCUUAACGAGUUUGGACGGCCGGUCGUGCGGGACUCGCACCAAAGUGCCGAGGCCCAGCUUGACAGAAAUGCCAAGUUGAGGGAUGCCUUUGGCCUGGAACCGUCCUCUGAUGCAACCUAAGCUAUCUUUUUGUAUGUACAUACAUAUCUCAUCUCUUAUCUCAAGUUACAUUUGCUACACUUGUUUUCAUUAGAUACUAUAUUAAUAUAACAGCUCCAUAUCUGCUUAACUCUAUUCGGGAUAAUUAAGUUUGAUUGGAGAUAAAGAUAAUAUUGUAAUCGGCGUGACUGUGGUUUUAUUAAUACUGUCAUGUUAAGUAAAAUCAUGUUUAUGUCAUAUUUAUAAUGGAAAGAGGCUCUUUUCAAGAAAUUUAUUUAAAGUAAAUUACAUCCCUAAGCUCGUGAACUAUACUGUAUUAUAUAUACAAACAUGUAUCAAAUAAAUGAUUUUUAUUAUUCAGGCAA